GAAAGUGUUUGCUCGCUGGCUGUUUGCUCUUCUUUCUUCGGUCUUUCUUUACUUCUUUGUGGCUAUCUUGAAACCGUUGAAUCCUAGAAUUCUUGAAAAACGUGGAAUCCAUAAAUUGCAAAGAAUUCAGAAAAUAAGUUCUUCAGCAAUUAGCUCUUCUGAGAGCUACUACUAACAGCAACCGAGACAUGUUGGAAUCAAUAUUGAAAUCUCAAAAUCAAAAUACAGACCCCUGGUCAAACCAGCAGCAUGAUGAAAUCAACUUUGAUCCGGCACGAUUGUCAAUGAAGACUGAGGAGAGUCUGCUCAAAAUAGAAGAGGAGCUGAGAGAUAAUCAUUCCAAAAAUAACAUGGUCAACUACCUGAGUAAAAUUGGCGAAAACAGCAUAAAUGACAUGACGAAAAGAAUAAUGAGAAGACUUAUUGGUGAUGAAUUAGCCAAAGACUACAGCUGGUUUGGUGCGAAAGGGAAAAAACAGUUUUCAAUUCUUCAAAGUGCCAGAGUCCUUGAGGAAGCUGUUAAGAUGGGGUUUCAAGAAGCAACGGAAAAAACGAUUGAAGAGGCCACCAAAAAUUGGUUGAGGCAUGCUCCUGAACGUCAAACCGGAAAACAAAAACGGUUCUUGUAGUAGCUGUAGUAAAACAUCUAAAAUUGCAUCAUAUAUUUGCCAUAAAACAAAACAAAAACGGUGUUUGUAGUAGCUGUAGUUAAACAUCUAAAAUUGCAUCAUAUAUUUGCCAUACUUCAUGAACCUUGAAUAUGUUUUUAAAAGUAAAUAACAAUAGGCCUAUAAAUAAUAGUUUAAAUUAGGUUCAAUGAGUACUACUAACUUUUUUCAUGAUUCUCUUAGAAUAAUGUAACUCAUUCAUAACAAAAUUCUUACGUUUUCCCACAUUAUCUUAGUAUAUGGAAAAAGUCUUGCUUUAUCAAUACUUUUGAAUCAACAUUUUCAAGGUUAUAUCCAUUUUGUAAAAUAUUUAUUUGUACACCUAGCAGUGGCGGCUGGUGUAAAUAUAGAUUGGAGGUUGCAGAUACCAAUCCUAACUUUCAUAGGAAGUAAGAACGCGAUAAAUAGGGAUUAUUAAAUUGUCAUUUUAAUAGGGAUAAUUGUCAUAGAACUUGAAUUAUAUCAUUUUCCCAACAAAAUUCCAAGUCACUGUAAGAGAUAACAAUAAGUGAAAUAAAUAAGUUACAAGAUUCAAUCAAUACAAUAGAAAUAGAAAGCCCAAAACUGUUCUACAUAAGAUCAGUCUUAAUAUUAUUAGCCUGGAAAUACAAUAUAUAGCACAGUAAUAUUUUUAACUUGUACUUACGCGCUCACGCAAACCCUUACUGAUUGUGUGGAAUUCUCAAUAUUAGAAGGUCUCACAAACUUCUCAAGUUCAAUUACAUUCUCAAUUGCUUUUAACUAAAUAUCCAAUUAUCCAAUAAAUUUUCAAUAGAAUGAAUAUAGUUUUUGUUUAUUACACGAUCACUUACAUAUCCUUGUUUAUUAUUACACACACGUUUAUUUUGUUUUGGAGCCGCCACUGACACCUAGGGAGGAAAGUUAUACUUUUAUGAACUGAUGUUGAUGGUUUUUAAUUAACCUGUGAUUUCAAAAUAAAAUUUUGUUAAAAUUUUAA